AUGAGAUCAUUACUGUCGGCCCACACUUCAAGCAAGCCAACAACUUCUUGUGGCCAUUCAAGUUGUCCAACCCAUCUGGUGGUUGGGGUGUCCCAAGAAAGUUCAAGCACUUUAUCCAAGGUGGUUCUUUCGGUAACCGUGAAGAAUUCAUCAACAAAUUGGUUAAGGCCAUGA